AUGUUACGUUUUUCUCGUGGGGUGGCUGUCGCAGCUGCGGCGGUGGCGUUGGCUGCUCGUUCUUCCUUCGCCUCUGACGGCGCUGACUCCUUACUGGAUGAACUGAUUGAUAAUGGUAAGGGUGGUGCGGAUUCCUCAGCAGCAGAAGCAGCAGAAACAGAAGGAACAUUAGCUUCUUUGCUGGGCCUGACGCCUGUAGGGGAAGAUACGAGCGAGAGUUUGGAGGUGCGAGUAGCGGAGGUUCAAGGCAUAAACCAAGGAGACUUAAAGAUGUAUCUUCGUUCAAUGUAUUCAACAUCGAAAGAUGCACAAGAAAAGCAGCUGUAUCCCCCUGGUUGCUUAGAGGGAGUUCAAGAACUCCUGAAUGGCUUAGGCAGCGUAGACGACGAGCAACGAGAUUUUCAACACUUUAUGGAUAGGUUUAUAUUUUUGGUUGGUAGAACAGUAGAGAGAUACAGUGACUUCUUUGCUCUCAAGGUUAGGUUAGGAGAUCCAAGCAUAACGCCUGAAGAAUACUCAAAAGAGGCAAAGAAAUUGCCUGUUCUUGCGGCGAAAUGGACUGAUGCAUCUAAUCUCUUAGUUGCUUUCCUAGAGAAAGGAGCAAGAGAUUUAGGAGAUAAAUGGGGCAAAACAGCUACAACUGAACGCCGUCUACGAGAUGCUAUUGACUUCGCUAACGCCUUAAAAGAGGCCUAUGACGCACAGCAGCAGCUCUUUAGAUCAGGCUAUGGUUUAGCACAGCUUCGUUACUUGCAGCACGAAGAUAAACAAGCAGAUCUUUCUCUUCUAAUAGAAAGCGCUCAACACAAGCAGGCAACGACAGACUUUGAAGAUGCAUUAGAAAAUGCUAAAGAGAAGUGCCACCAAGCAAGAAGAGCAGCACAACGCCUAGAGGACGAUUUCUUACCCCAGGAAUAUUUAUUGUGUCUACCCUUCCCUCCAGAUAAACAAAGAGAAGCUGAUGAUCUCCCUUUUGAUGAUGAAAUGUAA